GAGGACCCCAUUCUCAUCUACCGGUAAACUGCAGAGAAGAUGCCUGAACCUGCCAAGUCUGCACCCAAGAAGGGCUCCAAGAAAGCUGUGACCAAAACAGCUGGAAAAGGCGGCAAGAAGAAGAGAAAGACCAGGAGGGAGAGCUAUGCCAUCUAUGUGUACAAGGUGUUGAAGCAGGUCCACCCCGACACUGGGAUCUCCUCAAAGGCCAUGAGCAUCAUGAACUCCUUUGUCAAUGACAUCUUUGAGCGCAUCGCCUCUGAGGCUUCUCGCCUGGCGCAUUACAACAAGCGCUCCACCAUCACCUCCAGGGAGAUCCAGACCGCUGUCCGCCUCCUGCUGCCUGGCGAGCUGGCUAAGCACGCUGUCUCUGAGGGCACCAAGGCUGUCACCAAGUACACCAGCUCCAAGUAAACUGCUCUGUUCCUGAUCACUCACCAACCAAAGGCUCUUUUAAGAGCCACCAACAUCUUUCGGAGAGUGCCAGUCCAUAUCAGUGUUAUUGUAUUUUGAUGAUUAUUACAUAAAAGGAUGUAAAUCACACAAAAUAGUUAUGAUAGUUUGUCUGGGGUGGAAAUUAAAAUCAAAGUAUAAUUAUAAUAAACCAGUGUCAUAUUGCUGCUUGCUUUAUUUAAAUGUGUUUUAAAGUUUUGUGUUAUGGGUGAAUAAAAUAUAUUUCUUCUGAUUAAACAUAUAAAGUG